AUGGAGCGACAACAGGCCAACGAGCCUGCGAACCGGGCAAACGCCGCGGAGCACCCCGAUGCGCCGCUCGAGGAUACCGGACGCCGCGAGCUCGAGGUCGAUGACGAUUCCUCCCCAUCGACGCCCCGGUUCAUGCAGGACGAAGGGCCAUGGAAGCGGUGGAGAUGGGUGCCAUACCCGGUGCGCCGCAUCCUGAAGGCCACCGCGAAGUGGUCAAAGGGCCCGCCGAACCCGCAGGACUACAAGAUCAAACCCAUACUGCCCCAAAUCCAAGAGUUUCCUCUCGUCUUGGUCGAUCGAUACCUACGAAGCUUCAAACACCGAGUCGGCCUUGUUUUUCUUUACGUCGCUAUAUGGAUCAUCGCGUUCGCUUUGGUUAAGAGGAGCGAGACGUUUGCUACAGAGAUCGAGGGAUGGGGAGCGCCGCAGCAGAUUGGAUGCGGCGCGACAUAUUGGGGUCGCGGAAACAACUGCGGCCUCAAUGGUGCUGAUUGCCGCCCAUUCAACGGUAGCGGGUUCCCUUUUAGGUGCUCGGCCAAUUGCGCUGGUUACAUGGUCCUGAACCCGAGGGCUGUAGGAGAUCAGGAGAUCGUUUACCAGCCGCUCGUCAUCGGCGGACCAGCCGACAACUCUAGUUCGCCCAUCUACCGUGGCGAUUCGUUCCUCUGCAGUGCCGCCAUUCAUGCUGGCGUGAUCUCCAACGAAAACGGAGGGUGUGGUGUUGUCCGCCUUGUUGGACGACAUGAGGGUUUCGUCAGCUCCAGCAGGAAUGACAUCGACAGCAUCAGUUUCGACUCCUAUUUCCCGCUAUCAUUUACGUUUGAACCAGGCAUCCAAUGCAAAGCACGGGACCUCCGAUGGAAUCUGUUGGCGGUAUCUGUCGUCUUUACGACAGUCCUCUCUCUGUUUACGGCGUCACCCGCGCUCUUUUUCUUCUCCAUCUUUACUGGUAUAUUCUGGCACGUCGGGCUCGCCUCUGACCCGCCGAACCACUACUCCGUCGCCGACCUCGUGUCGAACAUUGUUGGCAAAUUCCUCCCUGCCAUGUUCUGCGCCUGGGUCAUGUACGACAAAAUGGGUGUCCGGCGGACACUCACUGGUCUUACUGCUCAGAUUGAGAAGACAAUUUUGUGGCUCGGUGGGUGCUGGGUCGGCGCGCUCAGCAACUACACCUUCAGCUGGAUCCCAAUUCAGCGGCUCAACGCGCAUGAUCUGAACCAGCAACCAGGAGCCAAGGCGGCCUUGGCAGCCAUUAUCAUCGUCCUGGUCGUCAUCGUUGCUCAGCAGGUGUGGUAUUUCAGACAAGAAGGUCGUCUGCUGAAGUAUCUCAAGCUCUACCUGCUUUUCCUUGCAGGGAUCAUUGUCUGCCUCGUCCUACCGGACUUGAGUCUCCGUAUUCACCACUACAUCCUGGCCCUGCUGUUGCUCCCGGGCACGAGCAUGCAAACGAGACCUUCGCUGCUCUACCAAGGACUCCUGGUCGGGCUCUUCAUCAACGGCGUCGCUCGGUGGGGUUUCGACGCCGUGUUGCAGACGCCUGCAGCCCUUCAAGGCGACGCACAGCAUGGUUCGGUGCUGCCCAACAUCUUCCCGCCCGUCAUCGACCUGGGCCAGGCCAUGUGGAGCAUCAACUUCACCUGGAACAGCCCUCCUGAGGGAGCGCGGUACGAUGGCAUCAGCGUCCUGGUUAACGACGUGGAACGCUUCCGCUCGUACUUUGACGAUGGCCCCGUCCCUGCGAAGAGUUUUGUUUGGAACCGUGAGAGUGAACUUGGACUGAACGAGUAUUUCCGCUUCGGUUUCAUGGAAGGCAGCACGAGUUACGAUUUCACUAAAGCUGGCAUUUGGAAUGCCGAAGGUAGAUGGAUAGACAUGAAGCCGGGCCCUUCCAUGAUCCGGGCCCGGUCUCUAGGAGAUGAGGAUGAGUUUGCGCCGCGAUGA